AUGGCUCCCAGAGGAGGAAGUAGUUAUCCAGUUGAGGGGAGCUCCGACAGAGCAGAUAGUCAGUCGCCAGCCAUGUUCUGCAGGACGCUGUUGGCAGCGGUGGUUCUGUCCUCCGCAGCCGCCUUCUACGAGGCACCCAACUUCCCCAUCGAACCCAAGGGCUACAGGAUAGACCUCCAUCCAGUCCCGGGCGAGGGCACCUACAAGGGCAGGGUCCGGAUCGACAUCGUCAAUCGUGGUUCAGAGGCAAUAACUCAGCUCAAGCUAAAUGCUGACAGUCAAAUCAAUGUUAGUAACAAAGAUAUAAAGCUAAUCAGACUAGCAAAUGCUGACCUAUCUGAUGAAGAAUCUGAUGAGGAUACACCAAUCUCAGUCAGUGCAGUUGACAGAGAAAACCAUUCUCUAAUAAUACAUUGUACACAAAAACUUCAGCGAGAUGCAACCUAUCAAGUUGAUAUCAAGUUUGAAGGAAAGCUGGGCUCUGACAGUCAGUCCCCUUUUUUCCAGGGAUCAUACCAAGAAAAAGAAGGUGGAGAACCAAGGUGGUUUAUUGUGCUAUCACCGAAGAUAUCAGAAACCCGAAAAGUGUUCCCAUGCUUUGAUUUGCCCUACAUUAAGUCUUGGUUUGAGCUGACAUUGGCUCAUAAGAAAGGAAUGACAGCACUGUCAAAUAUGCCAGUUUUGGAAAUAUCAAACAUGACAAGAGAAGGCGAUUGGAUCCGUGCACAAUUUUCAAGAACUCCAUUGAUGACUGUGAGUUCACUUGGACUUUUUAUUUCAGACUUCAAAAUGCCCGAAGUAGAGUACCUCCAGACAGACGGCAUUCGCAUUGGUCUAUGGGGACGAUCUGAUAUUGUUCCAACACUUAAGAAAGCUCAACAAGUCCUGCCUUCUGUUUUGGUCUCAUUGGAACUGUACUUAUCUCGCCCAUAUCCUCUUCCCCAUCUUAACCUCAUUGCAUUACCAGGUUACAUAGAGGAAAGACCACUCAACUCUUGGGGACUACAAUGGUUCAGGGAAAGCGAUCUGAUGAAUGGCAAUUCAUACUGGCUGACACAUCGUGUUGCUAAGGCUGCAGCUAUGCAGUGGCUGUCACACCUCGCCUCUCCAGUCAAUGACACUCCUGUGACAACGGGCCUCGCUAACUUCUUGGCUACAAAUGUAGCAAAACAGUUGGAACCAACAAUGUACCAUUGGAAUUUAGGCAGUUUCCAUACAUUAGUACUAGAACUUGGUAAACCUAGGAACUAUGGCUUGGAUGCUGAACAAAAAAGAUCCCUAAUGGAAAGUCGAGUGUUCCUGCUUCUUCAGAUGUUUGAACAAGUUUUUGGAGCAACAACAUUUAAGCAAUCAAUACAAAACUUCCUCGCAAAAAAAGAGUUUAAAGCUUAUUCAGAUGAAGACCUUUGGCAGGUCAUAUCUGAACAGGCGUGGGUGGAUAGUAAACUGGCCCUUACAAUAUCAUUAGGAGAAGUUGUACAGGAGUGGUUGUCAGGGAGACUUCCACUUGUCACAGUGGCUACAGAUUAUUUAACUAAUACUACAACUUUUACUCAGGAAAAGUAUGUCGACAAUUUAGAAACAAGUUGGUCCAAGACCGUCAAGAAAGGUGGUGUAGAGAAAGAACAAGGAUGGUGGCUUCCACUAGUGGCUGCUGUAGGAAAUAGUGAGCCAAUGAUGAUAGGAUGGUUAAAUCCAAAAUCUCAUUCCCUUUCUUUUAACAACAUAUCUACAUCGACAUAUAUCGUUCUCAAUCCAGGAAGUACUGGUCCUUAUGUUGUAAACUAUGAUAGCGAGGGAUGGAAAAGGCUGAUAGCUGCAUUCAAAAACUUACCUGUCACUUAUCGAGCACAGCUUCUACAUGAUUCACUAUCUUUAGCUCUUUCUGGACAUCUUGAUACUGUGACUGCUUUGGAAGUUACAUCUGGUUUGAAAUCGGAGCAAGCACCUGAGGUUUGGAGGGCAUUCUUUCCACUAGCAGACCGAUUACGAAAUAGAUUUCAGGGAACUGCAGCAACACACAAUUUAGAUGCAUACUUGAAAAGCCUCUUGAUCCCAGUGCUUGAUGCUCUUGGAGAGGAAGAUAAAUCAUCUUGGAAGACAGAACUAAGAGUAAGGACUCGACACCUUCUCUGUCAAACAGGCUUUACUCCGUGUGUAGAAGGAGCUAGAACAUCUUAUGCAGCUUGGCUGAAUGCAUCCAGUCCUGAUGAUGGCAUACCAAUAGCAAGUGGACAUUUAUGUCCUGUAAUGGCUUGGGGCUCUUAUGAAGAAUGGCAGUUUGCCUUAGACAGACUGCAAAAUUUUCCAAGUAAUAGAUCAAAAGCAGAGCGAACUUUCUUGAUGAAAACUGUUGCUGGGUGCCCUCAUGAUCCAAAGAAAUAUGAGACACUUCUAAAUAUUACAUUUUUAAACCGAAAAAACAAUAAAUUUUCUGAUGAAGACAGAUUUAUAAUUCUCUCGGCUCUAUCUGGAGAGAGUAUUGGUUACACAACAUUGUUCAAUUUCCUUAAAACUAAUUGGCAAGAUUUGAAGAAAAGAAUCCAAGGAAACUUGUGGGAUUACUUUGUACAGACUGCUAUGGGUAACUUCCGUACCGAAGAAGGAUUGAAGGAGGUUAGCCAGCUUUUAAAUGAAAGAAGAAGUGAAUUCGGAACAGGACUAAAAGCUGCUGAAGACAGUGUUUCUCGAGUGGAAGGUAGAGUUAAAUGGGCUAAAGAAACGACACCUGGAGUCUUAACAUGGUUAAACAAAACAUUGGAAGAGGCUUGGACACCACAAAGAUUCAAGUUUCACGAUGUUCUAGUUCUUUCACAUAAGCCACAACCUUAAUUGUUUAUAUUUGACCUCUUCUGAGAGUUUCUGUAAAAAUGGUUAUAAUUAAGAAUAUAAAAUGUUAUAUGUAAAAAUGGAUAUUUUUUUUAUGUGAGAUGCGUAAUUAUUUUAUAAAUGUACAUAUAUUUGUUAAAAUAAAGACUUUUAUUACCUUGUUUACGAUUGCUGUAUAUGACAUGUAAAAAGGAAAACAAUUCAAUUCAUAAUAAAAAAUAUAUAUAACAAUAAUAAUUUCUUAAUUAUUGAUAGAUUAGAUAAAUAAGGUUAUUAUUAAAAUUAUACAUUGAUGAUUAUACUGUGGAAAAUUAGUAAAUAUAUUAGACGACUGGUCCUUAUUGUAAUGAAUAACCGAUGAAAAGAAAACAAGAUUUAUUGAAAAAUAAAUCUUAUAAAUUUAAUGUGAGCUAAAAACAAAAUUAAUUUAUUGUAUAUGUGAUGAUAAGAAAAAAUAUUUAUUAGUAAACAAUGCAUUAAAGUAAACUAAAAGUGGUCCGAUUCUUCUUAAAUUAUAAUAUUAACAGACCUCAAAGAAAAAUGCUGAAUAUAUUCAAGGAAACUGAAUAUAUAAUAAUGAAUGGAAAAACACAUUUACAUAUUUUCCAUAGUCUAAUCAUAUAUUACAUCUACAUUAAACUUGGAUUUUAUUUAAAAAAAUUGUGCUUUUACGACAUUCAACAACACCUG